UCGGUUGCAUUUGUAUGUAUGCAGUUUAUUCUGGAAUUCUGUGGGCUCCGGUACAUUGUACUCAAGUGCACAUUGUAUUUGAUGUUCGAACGUUUGUCAAAGUGCGGUGAUCGUCAAUUGUAAUUGCACGAUCGGGCGUACGAAAACAAAUUUCGUGCGAAAGGUGUGCCAAUAAUUAAAUUGGAAUAGGACCGAAUCAAAACAUCCAUCAAUAUGACGGUAUUCAUAAAGGUCCUUGGCCAGAAGACGGACAAAAUGGAACAACCGUUGUUUGUCGAAGAAAACGUACCGGAAGAAACAAAGAAGGACCCGGAAGCACAACUUCAAAAAACUAACGUUGGAGGCAAAUAUAUUGUCUCCCGAUGGAGUAUACGUGGUAUUCAUGUUACGGCAACAUUUUUGCUAUUUCUUGUCGCGUUAAUGAUUCUUAUGAUUGGAAUUAUUGGCGGCCUAUACAUAUACAGGCAGUGCGCACGAACGCAAAUGCAUAGAUUCAGAACGGGAUGGUACAGCAUCCCUUAUGAUAACUCGAACAAAACUCCCUAUGCUAGCAAUAGAGUUCAUCAGGGAUUAUUAGCGGAUUCUGAUUUAUUUAAAAGUCUGACAAGAGCCACUGAACAAGAAACUUUGGACAUUGAGAAAAAUUUGGAUAAUGUUAUCAGAAGGAGUUCCUUUUUUAAGGAGCAAUUUGAAAUUGAUUUGGAGAAUGAGCAUUAUGAGAAGAUUUAUGUGCCUGAUUUUCGUGGUGGACGCCAAGGCCGGUUCAUACAUGAUUUUAGUAUUAAUAAAACUGGCAUAAUUGAUAUCGACGGGCAAUGCUGUUUUGUUAUGCCAUUAAAUCGUCAAAGAGUUUUACCACCACGCAGUAUGUACGAUCUUCUUAGGAAAAUGUAUAACGAUUACUAUGAAGUAGACACAGAAAUUGUACGAGAAACAAUGAGAGUAAUUUUACCACCGAUCACUGAUUUAUCUACUGUUGGAACAUUCAUAGCUCGUGAAUGCCAAGAUUUACCAACAUAUAUGCUGGCAAAAGUAAAUUCGAAUGUUGUGAAGCGUAGCAUAUCGAGUGGUGUGUUUGGACAGUUUGCAGGGAAGAAUAUUAUAGAAUUUGAUAUUUUGAAUUUAGAUGAUGUUACUGCGUAUAAAAACAGCUCAAAAAAUUGAACAAAAGGAAUUUCUAAUUAUUCUAGAAUAUUUACCACCAGUAGAUCAAUGUAUAAAAAUUAUAUCCAGCCCAGCAAACUUAGGUAAAUCCAACGUGAAUUCCAGCAAAUUAGUCCUGUUUUUAACAAUCUCUCUUUCUAUAAGAAUUCUCUGAUCGAUAACUAUUUAUUUUUAAAGGUACGUUCACAUUUAGUCUUCCCACCGUUUCCAAUUUUAGCUUUAAAUCAGUAAAACUAUAAUGAAAAUAAAACAUAUUAGUUAAUGUACAUCUGUUUAACAUUUCAUGAGACUUUAAUUUAGCGGCAGACUGAUUAUAAGUGGCUGAUGCGAUUAAAGAGCUAUUGCGUUUUAACAUUAACGUUGAUUAAGUUCCAGAGAAACGCUGAUGGUGCUUAUUCAUAAGGUAGAAUUGCAUAUUUUUAUUUGUUUAUUGACUUCUUAUGCUUAAAUUAUUUAAUACGCAACUCUAGUAAAAUGAUAGAAAUACAUGUUGAAAUCGGUAUAUACUCAAUGCAUAAUCGCACGAUUGAAUGAUUAACCUGUGAGCUGGGGAAGACAACUUAUCUUGUCUUAUGGAAAUGUUUUCGCAUCGGGCAAGACGAGUCAAUUCGUUGCAAGCAAUAAUAAUUAUACUUGUACAGAAAAGAUAAACAUAUCAUUCGUUUUUCACUGUUACUACAAAAGUAGCCUUCUCUCUCAAUAGGGCCGAGUACAGGAUUUUACUGGGAAUAUUUUCCCGAGAACUGAAAUACUUCUCACCUGCGUCUCUAUUGAGAGAGAGAAAGAGAGAGGACUGCGUAUGUAUUUGUAUUAGAAUCAAAUAGCGUCAUAUUCACAUUUGUUGUGGGUAAAACGAGUGACUCGUCUUUACUGAUUAUAUACAGUGCGUUGUUGGUCGAAGAAAUGCAACCCAGUUAGCAAGUUAAUAAUUGUACAAACUAGAAAUUAUAUUGUUUCACCAAUCAUGUACUAGUUCUAUAAAUCACGAAUGAAACAUUUUGACAAAAAAAAAAGGACAUUUUUAUGAAUAUGUUUAAAAUCAAUGAUUAUUUAAUGACUAAUUCAAAUAUGUUUAUACAAUAUCUGUUUUCCCAUUAGAUGAUAAUAAAUGUUGUAUAACAAAUACGUGUGAUCUGUUGAAAGAAAGUUAACAUUUAAAAUAUGUACCGAAGAUUAUGAGAUAUGGGUAAUAAAGUUACUGUGACCAGAUCAGUAGAACGAAGAUUGAAAUUUGAAGCACGUGAUUUAGUAGCUCUAUAAUGAACUUCCUUUCUGUUUCUUUUUAACAUUCCUCUUGCAAAUUUCAAUUCCAUUGAUGUCUCAUCGUAAAAGACUUCUAAACUGUAGAAGGAAGUUUGUAUAGUGGUAUUUUAUCAAGUUUGUUUAUUUAAAAGUUAACGCGAUAUGGUACAUGCAUGGUUAUUUAUUUGUAUAAUAAAAAUAUUUAACAAGUAUCUUUUGUUUGCGACUGUUAGUAAAUAAUUUUUUGAGUUUUGGUACUCGUAACUAAACUGAUUUGAUGAAACAAAGAAAUCGGCGUCAGUAACGUUUGUUUUAAUAUUACAAUGCAAUUAUACAGUAUUUAAAAUUGUGAUGAUCAACAUGUAUAUACGAUUUUUAUUUACAUUGCCAAAUCAUUUACCAAAUAAUUUCAAUAGAGUUUUCUAUAAAUGAAAGCGACAAUGAUACUCAGAGAUAUCUUAUGAAUUUUAUCCUACGUAUUAUUACAGACAAACAAAAUAUUCUUAUAUAAAUAUUCAUUUGUCUUCUAUAGGAGAAAAUAAUAAAUGAAGUGAUUAUCAGGAUUAGUUACUUGUUCUUUAUUUUUCCAUUUGUUAUAAAAAUGCAACAUAUGUAAAAUGUUAUUUAUUGUAUCUAGAAUAUUAAAUAAACAAUGAGAAAGCUGUAACCA